AUGGGGUUUUUAGCAACAACUGGAGCAUUUGCACUUGUUUAUGUUGCAGCACGUCUUGCUGCUUUUUUCUAUCGACUUUUAUGUCCAGUUAAACUUAAUAUAAAAAAAUUCGGUGAAUGGGCGAUCGUUACAGGUAGCACAGAUGGUAUUGGUAGAGCAUAUGCUAUUGAAUUAGCUAAACGAGGUCUUAAUAUUAUCUUAAUUAGUCGAACAAAAGAAAAAUUAGAACAAGUAGCCAAAGAAAUCAAUGAAAAAAAUUCUGAUGUACAUGUUAAAACAAUUGCUGUUGAUUUUACAAAAGACAGUUCAAUUUAUACAACAAUUCGUGAAGAAAUUCGUGGUUUAGACAUUGGUAUUCUUGUCAACAAUGUUGGAAUGUCUUAUGAAUAUCCUGAAUUAUUUGAUAAAGUUGAAGACAGUGCAAAAUUAGUGCAGAAUAUGAUACGAUGUAAUGUUGAUUCAGUUGCUUAUAUGACUCAAAUGAUUCUACCUGAUAUGCUUCAAAAACGACGUGGUCUUAUUGUUAAUGUAUCAAGUGUUUCAGGUCGACGACCAGUACCAUUGUUAGGUCUCUAUUCUGGUACAAAAGGAUUUGUUGAUUUAUUUUCAAGAUCAUUAGCUGCUGAAUGUGCAACACGUGGUGUAUUGAUUCAAUCAUUAUGUCCCGGUUUUGUUGUUAGUAAACUAUCUGGCAUUCGUAAAUCAUCAUUAUUUUCUCCAACACCAGAACAAUUUGUUCGUAGUGCAAUUGAUCGUGUUUCACUUCCAUUUACAACAGGAUAUUGGGCACAUGAACUUCAAGAUUUUGGUCAAUCACUUUUACCAGACUUUCUCUCAAACAAACUUACUAUGCUUGUUUUAGGUGGCGUUCGUGCAAAAGCAUUAAAAAAACGUAAUAAAGGACAAUAA